AUGGAUACGACUGUAGCCGCAGUCUUCAAACACGGCCACCUAAUCACCCUGUGUUUAGAAUACCUCAAGCUGAAGAAUGUUAAUCAGUUGAUCCUACGCCAAAACAGUUCCGACUACAAACGCCUUGAAAAGUUCCUGCUCGGCUUGCGGAUCGUCGUGCAGACGGGUGGGACGCGUUCACGUACCAAAACGAUCCGGGGCCUAGUCGAGAACGGCGGUGAAUUUAUGUUCUUGAAAAACGAUGAGGAGAUUUCCGUAGCGCGCCACUUUCAACAGGCUCACAACAUCAGGAUCUCAAACCCCAAAAUCGUUGGUAUAUGCUUGUCUGGGAGGAAGUCUGAACGUAAAGAGGUUGUUCCACUUGAGUUAUGUAUUGUCGAGCCCGGACAGCUCUGCAAGCGGAUUCCCGAAGACAUCCGUACCGACAUGGUCCGGUUUUCAACCAUGAGGCCAGGAGAGCGACGGGAGAAGAUUACAACGGAGAUUCACUCCUAUGUAACAUCAGAAUACUUGAGGGAAUCAGGCCUUCGAGUCAAUCCGGAGCCACUUACUAUCAAGAGCAAAAUGCUGGAUUCUCCCGGCAUCAUUUUCCAUCAGGAGACACUUAAUCCACAAGAUGGAAAGUGGAAUGUCCUCCGCAAGAGGCUGCAGAAUCCAAGUGCGUUGACCAGCUGGGGCGUGGUAAACUUCAUCUCCAAUUCCCUCGACAUGGAUACUUGCACCAACAUGAUGCUGGAGCUUGCUGAUUGCUGUAAGAAUCUUGGAAUGGCUGUUGGUAGACCUGUGGAUAUUGACCCUGGCCAGCCCUACACUCCGACAAAGGCUCUCGAUUUGAUGGUUGAGAAAGCAAAGAGAGCCGGUGUUGAUGGGAGCAAAUUUAUCAUUAUCGUCAUCCUUCCACAAGACGCAGGUCCGCUCCGAACUCAAAUCAAGCAUUGGGGUGACAUUAUCAAUGGUAUUCCAACACAGUGCCUUCGCGAACACAAGCUCUCGAAUCCAAGGGAUCCAAAAUUCCGUCCCCCGGACAGCCAAUAUUGGAAUAACGUCGCACUGAAGCUGAACGUGCGUCUCGGUGGGCGUAACUCCCAUGCAAGUUCAGCGCAGAUCAUGAGGCUCCUUCAGAGAGAGCCAUUCAUAAUCAUGGGCGCUGAUGUCGGCCACCCCAGUCCCGGCAUCCAAAAGCCAUCGGUUUCAAGUCUCGUUUAUUCACACGACGAACACGCGACAGAAUAUGCCGCCCUUACAAGCAUCCAAGCCCCCCGCCUAGAAAUGAUACAGGAUCUCUCGCGAUUCAUAAAAACGGCACUCGAAAAUUUCGUGGCAAAGAAUAACACCCCGCCGAAGCGGCUCAUUUUUUUCCGUGAUGGAGUUUCCGAAGGCGAAUAUCAGAGAGUGGCAGAGCAAGAGCUUGUCUGGAUCAGAGAGGGCAUAGACGCUCUGUGGCUCGAGAAGGGUGUGCUCGGAAAGGUCCCCCAACCAAUGAUAACUUUCAUCAUUGUUACGAAACGCCACCACGCUGUGUUCUUCCCGAAACGCGGAGCCAUGCAGGACAGGACUGGGAACCUUCAGCCAGGCUGUGUUGUUGAUAGCACGAUCACUAGCCCAGAUGGAACUAUCAGGGAUUUCUACCUGCAGAGUCAUGCUGCAAUUCAAGGAACCUGCCGCUCAAGCCACUAUGUUGUACUUCAUGACGAAAUCUUCAAUAAUGAUCUCAAUAAGAUGCAGGACCUGGCCUACACCUUGUGCCAUGUCUACGCCAAGGCUACUCGCAUUGUGUCGAUUCCUGCACCGGUCUACUAUGCCGAUCUGGUUUGCCAACGCUCCGCCUUCCACAUGGACCCCCAUGGACCUUUAAACAUGGAUGACGACACCGCGUCGACGCUGCACAGUGGCCCGGCCCCAUUCGAUUUGUCCUUGUGGCAGCAAGCGUGGAGGCCAACAAAUCCUCGAAUGGAUAAAAAAAUGUAUUUCCUUUAG